CUCUGGCAUCUCUCACAGUCCCAGUUCUUGAUGUCGCAUCAAUAAGCUCAAGCAUCGUCUACAUAUCAUAUUGGUGUUGUUCUCGUCUGCCGCUGAUCCUAAUAAGCGUCCCCAGUCAGCCCUACAGCGAUUCAGCAAGUCUCCCGCCAGCGAUCCGUUCACAGGCACGCGCCUUGACUCUUGAGAUCGUCUUCGUCUUGGCGAACUCAAAGUUCAAGUCCUUAACACACAACACUCACCCCAUCAAUCCGAUGGCGUUCUCGGACGCCUCCUACAACUGGUACUCGGGCCCCUCGGACUACUCAGACGUUCCUACGGACGACUCGCGGAAGUGCCAGGUCGAGGGCUGCUACAGGAAGCACUCCUACGGGAGGCUCAGGGGAGGCCGGAAGAUCUACUCCAAAUACUGCUCUGACCACACAUGUCUUAAGCCGUAUCCGGAGGACGAGGGCUACUGGUGCCCGCAUCCGAAGGAGAAAGGCGAGAGAUACUGCAACAACCACCUCAAAUGUGGCGAGGCCGGCUGCGAUAAACUGGGCGAGUUUACCGGAGGGCGCGAAUACAUUCCGUGGUUCUGCUUCGAUCAUCGAUGCAACGCACCCAACUGCCGCUCUCGAGUAACCAACCGCCAGCAACAGCGGUGCGAAGCCCACUUCCUGAAAUGCACCGUCCCGGACUGCUCCCGGCCAUGCCACCUCCACCGCGACGGGCGCCUCGACCUCGUCUGCGCCGUCCACUACGGCACCUUUCGCUGCACAUGGGAAGGGUGCACGCGACGGACGGGGUCCAACAUGCACUUCUGCCCGAGCCACAAGUGCGUCGUGCCCGAGUGCACCGCCGGACGGGAUCCCUCAGCAGCCGGCAGCGACACCUGCCGUAAACACAACAACAACAACACCUGCCACGUCCGCGGCUGCACCCACCCCCGCGACAACGACAUCAACAACAACACUCGCGGCGGCAGCAGCAGCGAAUUCUGCGUCGGCCACACGUGCGCGACGCCCAACUGCCGCGACCAAGCCCGCUUCUUCGGCAACGGCUCGCACUGCGCCCGCCACGCCUGCGCCGUCACCACCUGCCCGCGCCCGCGCCUCAGCGCCGAUCCGGCGAACAAUAACAACAGUGCGCACCACGGUGACCGGUGUGUCGCGCACGCGCGGGCGCGCGAGAGGCGGGCCGUCUCGCUCAGCGGCAGCGGUGGCGGUAUGGAUAGUAGCCUCGGGGGUGUGCUGGACUACGAGGGGUUGCGGAGCAGGUUUGAGUUGUCCGGGGAGAGGGAGGCCGAGAGGGAGAGGAAGCGGUUGAGUGAUGACUUGGAGGCGUUGAAGCGGAGGGAGAGGGAGAGGGAGCGGCUCCGGGAGGAGGAGGAAGAGAGGGAGAGGGAGAGGGUGGAUAGGCUUAGGAGGGAUAUGGAUGCGUGGAGGAGGUAUGCUGGUUCUGGGCGCGAUAGAUGGUGAUUUUCUUUUUUUUCUUUCUUUUCUCUCUCUCUCUCUCUCUCUUUGUCGUUGGGUUUCGUAAAGGGGAUUCUCCGGUUUGGGUUUUGGUUUUAGUCAGGUUGGGUUGGGUUUGAGUUGGACGGACAAACGGAGUGAUGAUACCCCUUUGCUUUGCUUAGAGCAAGCGUCUUGGAUUUGUGUGGGCUGGCGUUGGGCUUGGACGCUCAUGGCGUAAGGAGUUGGAGAUGAGAUACCUAAAUUGAUUUUUGUGGCUUUUGAAAAGACUUGAGCAAAUAACGCCCCGGGCUUGAACAUGUGAAUUCGGUCGAGUCAAGUCUGAAAACGAGCGAGAAUCAGACGCGCGAUUAGACGCCAAACAUAGGUAAGUAGGUACCAGGCAGUCG